CUGGAUGUUUUCAGUGUUUCUCGUGACUGCCCAGAGUUUGGAGGUCAACCAACGAAAAAACAGAAGAGGAGGUUUGUUGUGGUAAGGAUGGGAUUCGGAUUUUUCAGGUUACAGUGAAAAUGUGCUGAAAGUAAAAAAGAAAGAGAGAAAGAGUCUGAGCUUAGCUACUCCCUCCUACACGCAGAGUAAAGCCACAAAACCUUGAAGUCCACCUACACAUCAACUGCACAUUCAGAAUGGAUUCGAUUAUUUGUAUCACACACACAUUUCCUGAAGCGGUUCACACAUUUCUGACCCUGCUGUAAACCACGUGGACCGCAGAUGCUCAUUGAUUCACGCGUGGUGACCUCUCGCUGCUAAACUGAACUAAACUGAACCACCAUCAGUUCGUUCACUCCAUCCUCAGAGCAACACUUCUUUGAUUUCUGUCUCUCUGUCCAUCUCACCGCUCAGCCCACUCUGUUCUCUCACUAUCUGCCUCUUCAUCGCUCUCCAGCUCCCUUACAGCUGAUGGAGCUUAUCACGGACAAAUAGGCUUAGGAGCUUUGCUAUGGCAACGGCGAAUCGUAAAAAGCUGCAUAAGCACUUCGUCGGGGGGCCGUGAUCCAAUGCCUCCCCUUGGAGAUGGUGCCCUCAACCUCCUGCAACAAGUAAAGGCAGGCCAGAGAGGCUCCUGGGAGGAGGAAGACUACGAGGAAGAGGAAGGCUCAGAGAGGUGGAGAUAACGCUGAGAGAGAAGAGAGAGUGCAUCUCUCUUCUGUCUCUGGUUUUUAUUUAGGCUGCCCAGCUGCCUCGCUGAUGUCCGACGACUUUGACACUUUUUUCCCUCUGUGAUUUUAUUCCCACUGGAGCCGGACAGCAAACCUGAGAACAAGAAUCAAAGGACACGGUGACGGAGGGCAGGUCCAUGGCCUCCUGGUUCAACUGGAACGAGCCGUACCAGCGGAGCCCCCGCAGGGACCCGGCCGACGUUGUCUCCAACACCCUGAUGCUGGAGUUCAGCUGGCAGCUGAAGGAAGCAGAGCGGCUGCAGAGGGAGAGGGAGAACGAGUACCGGCGCUUGAAGACUGGGGUGGAUUACAGCUGGCUGGCCAGCACGCCUCGCUCCUCCUUUAACAUCAGCACCGGGGAGAGGCUGGCCCUGGAGGACCUCUGCUCCAAGGUGCCGCCCCCCUGCUGCGGCCUGGUCAUCCUCAAGUUCAGGGAUGCCAUGCAGGCCAACGAGCCCGAGCCGCACGAGGUGUCGGGCCACUUCCGGGCCGUCCUGCUGGAGGUUCUGGAUCAGCUGAAGGAGGAGCAGGAGGCGCAGCGGCUGGCUCACCAGUGGAACAACAAGCGAGCCAUGAGCAUGAACUUCAGGUCGAAGAUCAAGAUCAACCCGUUUGGAAGCACGACGGGCCUCACCGCCGGGGUGGGCAACGGGACGGGGUUGAGCGACCUCAAAACCGUCUCUGAGGACGUGGAGAAGGGGAUGGAGCGGGACGAGAGGUCGCAGAGGGUGUGGAGCAUGCCCGAUUUUAGAUAUAAAGGAACCAGCAGCAGCAGCAGCAGCAGCAGAGUGGUCUGAUGGUGGGCGUGUGAACAAAAUGUGGAUUGAUGAGACUUUAUGUCUAACACGUUCAAGGCCAAGGCAGGAUUUUCUCUUUUCUCUCAACCAUGUUUUCAGUACUUGAAGCAGUUAAUAAGUUGCCUGAGAUUAUCUUCUGCAGUGAUGUCUCUUAUUUUGUAGAAAUUUGGCAUCAAAGCAUUGAGGCAUAUUUAUACUGCAGCCUAAUAGUAUUAUUUAAAAAUUGUCAAAGUAAUUAAAAGUUUUCGUUCUCUUUUUGACGCAAAAGAUGCUGCUUGCUUGGUCAAGGCGGAGAAACUAAAUGUGGGAAUGUAUAAAACGGCUUUAAAGUGCAAAAUGUUUCUGUAGGAGGGACGCAGUUCGUUUCCAUAUGAUUCAAACAGUGAGUCAUCCUCCGUGUGUCAAAACAGCAGGACUGAACAGUGAAAUGCAUUAUCCAAGGUUAGACACCUGAAAGCUUUUCCUCCUGCGCUUUUAUUUUCAAGAGGGUUUAAAAGGAAGAAAAGAUCCCCCAGAAAUAUUCAAUAAAAUGUUUUUUUUUUGAGUAAAAUCUCUUCAGUGGUAUUUGAUGUCCUUCUGUCAAAUGGAUCUGUACACACCGUCAUACAAACAUGGACUCAAACUGGUUUUGUAUAAAGAAAAGCAAUUGUUUUACCACCAUUUUUAAAACAAACACAUAAGAGAAAUAAUGAGCAUUAAUAGGUUACACCUAUUAAUGCUACUGAAUCCUAUGGACUGCUCCAUCCUCAGAAUAAACAAAAUAAA